CAGCCGCGGCCGCGUCGGACCCCGCUCCGUCUCGGCGGAAGCAUGCGGCAGGACGCACAGGACCGGGCGCGGGGCCCUGCGGCUCAGUCAAUCCGUGUCCAGUCGCGACCGGCGUCGUCCAAGAGGACCCCUGUCAAGUCAGCGCUGAACCCUCGCCCUGCGCGCCAGCCGCCGCAGUACGCCAAGACGCCGGAUAGUAUUCCACAGCUUACCAUUGACGGGGCGGCAGGAUCGGACCUCGGGCCAGUCCGUCUCGAAGGACCGUCGUCAUCGGCUGCUGUCUUUGCUGCGCUCAACUCGCCGUCGAACGCCACUCCGAGCCGCACUGUGCGGUCGACGGCGCCGUCGGCGCCCGAGGACGUCCGUACCACACGUCUGGAGGACGCGCCGUCGGCGCCGGUCCCGUUCCACCACACUUUGCCCACGGCUCCGCUGGCAGAAGCUGAAGCUUGUGAGUACGGUGGCCAGUGGGGCGGCGGCGCUACAAGUCUCAGCGGCCCGGCAGGGAUUGCUGGUUCUCGGUCUGGCUUUCGCAUGCAUCUCCGGCCGAUGGACGAGCUCAUCGCUACACCUGGGAACACCUUCUAGCUUUACGGCACAGUAACCACCACGUUGGCACCGUUGAGGGUCCGAAUCGGCGUGGGUCCCGCUGAUGGCGGGCCAAGCGUCUGAAGGUUGGGCG